AUGGCCAUCUCUUCUGAUAUAUGUUCACCUUUCAAUCAAAUCUUCCAUAUUCCAUCCAUAUUUAGCCGUACCAGAACUCAUUUAUAUACGCUAGCACCGGCUGGACUGUGUAUUGAUGACUUCCUCAACCAUGACUCCCAUAGUUUCUUAUAUAAGUUUCUUUUCCUCCUACUCUCUAACUCAGUCGUCGAACAUCAGGUCUUGGAGACUGCUUCAUCACCAAUCUCAAGAAUGCUUCUAACAAUUGAAGCACCAUCUGAUCAAAUUGCUUCGACGCGUAGAGAUACACCAUACAUUGACCUCACGUUGGAAGAUUCGAGCGACGAAGAAGAUGCUGCGGCGUUGCCACCAGCCCCAAGGUUGCUGCCAGUUGUCCAAGCACCAUCUGUCCGAAAUACUCGGCCCAAUGCAAAGCCCACAUUUGUUGACCUCGCAUUUGAUGAUUCCAGCGAUGAGGGAGAACGUACGGCCACCAUGUCUCAGGCUUACAUUGGCGACAGAAUUGUGUUGGUAGAAGAGAAACGCCUUGGACCUUUUCUACCGGAGCCUACCACCAGCUUCCGAAAUUUACUUGAGAAUGCUCGAACGCAGGAGCUACAUUGUCUUAACAAAUGGCAUUCUCCAGAGCACAAAGAUGACGUUAAGUUCUCGAGACAGCUCGCUGUUCUCGGUACCAGCGGUAAUGUGUACAUGGUCAUCAUAAAAAAGAAGCCAGAGUGCAAUUGUUAUGAAGGCAUAGAAGAUAUGCUCUGCGUUCACAUCGUUUUUUUCCUGAAUCUACCAGCGCCACUUCGUCACCAAACUACCUUCUUGGAGGCCGAGCUCAGAUGCAUGAUGGGAGAUGAGAUUAAUUGGAUGGGCCCAGUAUCAACCGAUAAAUUUUGUACACAAAAGUCAGUCGAGGAACAGGAAACCUGUUCCAUCUGCCUCGAAAACCUCAUAGAUAAUGAUUCCAUCGCGUGGUGUAGAGGCCAGUGUGGGAAGAAUUUCCAUAAGGAGUGCAUUUGGACCUGGGACGAGACAAACUUCCAGGAUGGACAGCCCGACAUUACAUGUGGAAAUUGCCGCGCGCCCUUCUUUAUUGAGACGGCGUGGAAUUUGCAAUAUGAUAUCGACUACAAGGAGGCGGGAUAUCGCUCCUUGAGUGAACUUCUAAAGAGGGAGGUGAGCGUGGAAGGGUACUUCAAUGUAGCCGAGCUCGUGGGAAUCGAGGAGACUAUGGAAGACGAUGCAGAAGCCCAUCGAAGCUAUCAAAAAGUGGCUCACAGAUGGAGACGGGAGAUGGCGGGACGGUCUACCACACUCCUAGGGGAAGUGGUUGAUUUCAUAUGCCGCUACCAUCCUGGGGUGUACGAUAAUUUUGACGAUGGAUUUUCCGAUGAAUCGAGUGACGACAACAGUCCUAGAGCCAUCCGGGGCUUGGAAUUAAUGAAAUAUGUGGAAAUGAAUGUCGGGAGGGUCUUGCAAGGAUUGCGAGCCAUUGAUAGUGAAGUCUUUAGGGACUCACACCUGUUAUGA